GAAGAGUUCACUUGGAAAAAAAGGGCAUUGCAAUGGGGAGCGUGGAACACGAUGAGCCUUUCCAUGAUUUCAUUGCCUGCAUUCGAUCACAUCAAGACUAUAUGAAGCCCUGUAAUGUCGAGUAUCAUAUCAACAACGUCAAGGCUGAACUUUAUGAGAACGGAGCAGACAUAGACGCUUCUUGCUCAGCGAACCCAGGCUGCUCCGCCUGUUGGCUCCUGGAUUCGUUGGAUCCGUGGAACGCCAUCUUAUUCCAGGGUGGAAUUGGACUCUAUGAAGACAAGCUAGGCAGCUUGGCGUGCAUAACCUUUCAGCUGUCUUACUCAGAAGUUUACGGCGAUGAAGGUCUCAUGCUGGAGUCUGCGUGUGUGUUCUACCGGCUUUUCAGCUCGCAUCGCUGCCUCCAGAGGUUGGUCCUCAGCGACGUGUAUCCUCUUCUGGAAGAGAUCUAUUGGCCCGCUUUGCUGAAGCUGUCGCUGGAGGCGGCGAAGGGACUGCAUUCGAUUGACGUGGUUUCCAGUCUUGACAGAGAAGGAAGAUGUUGUGUACUGGACACCGCUCCGAACGUUAGUACCCUACGAGAGGUGGCAUGUACGAUCAAGCCCAGGAUCCCAGAUUACCUCCACGAGACCCUUCGGGUUAAUGGCUGCCAUCUCACCAGUUUGAAGCUAGGAUGUGCUGCUGUGACGGCAGAAAGUCUUUUUACUAGCUUGAAGUUCUGUUCUUGCUUGAGAUUGCUGGAGCUUAGUUCCUUGGAGAUGGACGUCGCUGUGUUCAUCGACUUUAUGGCCAACAACAGGACCUUAACUCAUCUAAUUCUGUCCGAGGUCUCGUCCGGUACGGGAAAUGUUGAAGCUGGGGUGGCAUCUGUUCUUGAAAAAAACACUCCUCUUGAUGUUUUGGAGCUGUCGAUGCGUGGUGGUGAUGCCACCCACAUUGCCGAUUCUCUCUGCACAAAUUCAACGCUGAAAAUUCUUUCUCUGGAGAACUUUGGCAACCUUGCCAUUGAACGAUUCUCCAGAGUGCUCAUGGUUAAUGAAACCUUAAUCGAGCUCUGUUUAUGGGCAUAUUUCUCUUAUGUGGACGCUUGUUCAUUGGUGGAAGGCAUUUUGUCGAAUAGAACGUUAAAGCAUCUGCACAUUUCUACCAAGCACGCCGAGUCAAUUCUGCGACUUGUGGAGGCGCUCAGGCUGAACACGACACUUUGUUCGCUUCAUGUCGACGAUAUUUCCACGCACGAAGAGGAACAGCGGCUUGUCGAAGUGGCAGCCCUUCAACCUUGGGCCUUGGAACGUUUAGUCACGACCUGGUAUGGCCACUGCUGCCGCGAUCUUGCACGCACUAUAAGCAUCGGCGCAAAUCCGACUUCUCUCGAGGUUUUAUAUCCGAUGUACCAAAAUCUCCACAGAUAUGACGGACUUGUUGAGCUCCUCACAUCCUUAUGUCCUAAUGAGUCUGUCUCCUCCUUCUCUCUGACGGGCUAUUAUCCCUUCGGGGAACUUGUUUCCCGUCAUCUGGGGAGACUUUUUGCUUGCAGCAAGACGCUCGAGGUUGUUCAGAUUUCCACACUCUGCUUGGAAGAUUACGAUGACGAGUCCCAUCUGCAGUUGCUCUGCGAAGGCCUUGUUCGGAACUCGUCCAUCCAAAGCUUGCAACUUGUCUUCAUCGAAAGUAAACCGAACAUCCUCAAGCACCUGGCAGUGGUCGUGGAGAAAAAUAGGCAUCUAAGUUGUCUUGAAUUGGACAUUGAGGUUCUGGUAGACAGAGAUGAUGACGAGUUGCUGUUCGUUGUGGCUGAGUGGAUGCAGGCGUGCACUCUUUUCUCCAACGCGAUUAAAACAAACAGGUACUUACUUAAGGCUAAUCUGAGGGUCUUCGCGAGUUACAGCAUCAUCGAGUUUGCAUCCGACUACCGUCUCACAGUUCAACGCAACCUGUGUGCUCUGAAUCGAGCCGCGCGCUUCGUGCUGGCGCCGGCCGCGAACAAGCGGGCGGCAGAAGUGUUCCAAGAUUACGAGCGGAGUCCAGGACUGUUUCGUGCCCUGAAGGAGACUGAGAAGACCAGUGACUUGGACGUUGUUCGUAUGGUUCGGUCGGCCUCCACCUUCAUUGCCUGCCACUUCUUCGUCGUUGCCGGCGUCGUCAAGGAGAGAAUGCACUGCGAAGCUGACGGCAAGACCGGGUUGCAGCUGGGGGACUUGGACGAAGUGUGCAUGCUCAAGAUUGUGUCUUACCUCAAAGUUUGCGACAUUGUGAGUUGAUGUGCCUUCUUUUUUUUUUUUUUUACGGAAUUGACAGUUUGAGAUGAAUUUCCCAAGGCUGUGUUUCAUUUUAGUGUUAAGGAUGAUUCUUGUGAGACUGUGUGCAAUAAAAUAGAUAUAUUAUUUUCGCUCAUGAACAUGUUUGUGAAGUUAUAUCGUCUUUCGAAAGUGUCCGAUUGCGUGAUUAGAUUACCCAUAUGAGCGAUUAGAAAUUACAAUUUUAUGACGCCGAAUUGGUCGAUAAGGAUAUAA